GAAUGUACAACUAUGUAAUAGGGGGCUUUGGGGAAAAAACAAUAAAAAAAGAUUACAGUAUUUGAGCCAGUAAAAUUCCCUCAAAUGUCUGUGGGUGGAUCUGUUCUGGUUGAAUUUCUCUUUUGCCUUGUUCUAUCAGAGAGUAUGAGAGGAACAGAAGUGGCAAGGUUAUUUAGGAAUAUUUAAAUGGUUGGUUACUAUGUUUAUGGCCAUAACUAUAUAAUAAAAGAGUGUUUAUCUUUUCUCCUGAAAAGGAAAGAUUGAUAAGGCACAAGAGAAAAUAAGCAACUGGAAAUCAAACUAAUAGUACAUACUUGAAUUUCUUAACUUUAUGUUUUACAAAAGAACAACCACAAGAUGAACUUGUCAUUGGAUUCUAUGCAAUAUCCACAUAUCUUUGUGUAUUAAAAAUUAGCGAAUUUUCUAUUCAGAAGUUCCAUUCCAAAUUGUAGGAAAUCUAAAACAUAAGAUGUAAUUAUAAAUUAUGAUUCAAUUUAAAUUAUGUCUUAGCAAUUGUUUUGAAGUAAAUUAAAUUUUGUGGAAACUAUCUUUAAGCCCCAUUGUCCAGGUCUCACAGCCCUGUGAUAUAUACCCUUUCAAUUCCAAGUACCACAGAGUUCCUCAUCUCUUUCCUGAUCCAAACACCCUCCCUUUUUGUCUGGCUCCCUCUCUACAGUUUUCGUAGACUCUGUAAUUGCUUUUGUCUUUCAAAAUUAUUUGUAUUCUCAUUUAUGUUUCGAAGCAUUCCAUCACUGAAUACCCCAACCUAUUUUAAUUCCCAAUUAAUCAGGACUGAGACCUUCAGCUCAGUUCAUAUUGUGAAUAUUCAUAAGUUGGUGUGUGCACGUGCAUGUGUCUUUGUUUAUACCUGUAUUUGUGUGUUCUCUUGUCUGGAAAUAAGCUGGUAGCAUAAAUCAACAAGAAUAUUCUGAUCUUUCUAUAAUCAUAUUCGACUGAAUUUUGUUUUUUCACCCAAUAUUAACGUUUUAAAGUUACUGUUGAAUUGCUUUUCAUCUCACGAUAAACUCAUGUAUGUGUAAGAUUAUUAAGACUGCAGAUGUUCCGUUCUCUGUAACUGAAAAAUUAGAAAUAGCCAAAAAAUGUAGAAAAAGUGAAUAAAUUUAAAAUGUUUUUGUAAAAAAAGAUGAUUUUUCAUGAAAAUUGUCUUUUUGGCUAUGGAAUAUCUUUAACCUUCAUUUAUUCAAAUGCGAACUUCAGGAUGCAUAGAAAGAAGUUAUUGAUUUUAUUCACUUGAGAAGUUAUUGAUUUUAUCUACAACAGGACAAAUGUCUGAAUGAAACAUAAAAAUAAAGCUAUCAAAAAUUCUGCUGUCCUAAUGGCAGUAUUUGGAAAUGGCAUAGAGUUUUCCCCAAUUAUUUGCAAUCAGUUGACAGUGAGUGGGCAGCCUUUGAGUUUAUGUGAUUCUUUCUUUAGGGGCAGAAAAACAAUGUAUGAUGAAGGAAAAAAAUGCAAGUUCUGAAGGCUACUUUGUUCUGCUGGGUUUUUCUAAUUGGCCUCAUUUGGAAGCAGUUCUCUUUGUGGUUAUCUUGAUGUUCUACUUGAUGACAUUGAUAGGCAACCUGUUCAUCAUUAUCUUGUCACACCUGGACUCCCAUCUCCACACUCCCAUGUACUUCUUCCUCUCAAACCUCUCUUUUCUGGAUCUCUGCUACACCACCAGCUCCAUCCCUCAGUUGCUGGUCAACCUCUGGGGCCCAGAGAAAACCAUCUCUCAUGCUGGUUGCAUGAUUCAACUUUACUUUGUCCUUGCACUGGGAACCACAGAGUGUGUGCUACUGGUGGUGAUGUCCUAUGACCGUUAUGCAGCUGUAUGUAGACCUUUGCAUUACACCAUUCUCAUGCACCCUCGUUUCUGCCGUCUGUUGGCUCUGGCUUCUUGGGUAAGUGGGUUUACUAACUCAGCACUUCAUUCCUCCUUUACCUUCUGGAUACCCCUCUGUGGACAUCACCAAGUGGAUCACUUCUUCUGUGAAGUUCCAGCACUACUGCGACUGUCAUGUGUUGAUACUCAUGCUAAUGAGCUGACCCUCAUGGUCACCAGCUCUAUUUUUGUUCUCAUACCUCUCAUCCUCAUUCUCAGCUCCUAUGGUGCCAUUGCUAGGGCUGUGCUGAGGAUGCAGUCAACAACUGGCCUUCAGAAAGUCUUUGGGACCUGUGGAGCCCAUCUUCUGGUUGUAUCCCUCUUUUUCGUUCCAGCCAUGUGCAUAUAUCUCCAGCCACCAUCAGGAAAUUCUCAAGAUCAAGGCAAGUUCAUUGCCCUAUUUUAUACUGUUGUCACCCCUAGCCUCAACCCUCUAAUCUACACCCUAAGAAACAAAGAUGUAAGAGGGGCAGUAAAGAGACUAAUGGGGUGGGAGUGGGAGAUGUGACAAAGAGAUUAUCUGUCCUGUAACUUUUGUUCAGAGAGUCUUAUCCAUCUUGAAGUUUGGUUUCAUCGCUCUUUUGAUAUUUAUUUGUUCUACAAACCACCAAGCAUAGAAGAAAGGUUAUUUUUAUUGGUUAAUUCGGAAAUAUUAUCUAGAGAUAACCUUUUUGAUUUGUACCACUUUAGCCUUUAAUUAUUCCACAUUUAGUGUCCAUAGAAAUUAGGGACUUGGUUUUAAAAUUAAUAUGCUAAGUUUUGACUGAGCAUUAAUAUCUAUAGAAAGAAAGGGGAACCUAGAAAUAAUUUAGACUAAAGGACUUUUUGGUCAUUGACCAAAUUAAAUUUAGCUAAAUGGUAAAAAGAUUUAUGACAAUUCUUUGACUGAGACACACUUUUUUCAAGACACUAAAUUAUAUGAGUGUUUUGUCCCGUAUAUACUUGUCACAUUCUUGUCUAUAUACUUGUCACAUUCAACAGUAUAAAGAAAUACCUGUUCCAAAUGGUUCAUUCAUUCAUCCAUCCAUUUAUUCAUCUACUUGUUCAUUUCUUUUCUUCAUUAGCUAAAUCACUCGUAGACUGAGAGGUCUUGGUAGCAUAGAUGAAUAAAACACCCUUUUUGCCUCAAUAGAAUUCAUUCUCUAGUGGAGGAGAUGACAAUGUAAGAUAGAACAUGAAGUAUCUCUAUAUGACUUAAUUUGUCACUGACACGAGGCUAAUACAUUAAGGUAGGUUGUUAAAAUCUAAAACAAAACAAAAACUUUGGCCAAAAACUUGAAAAUAUAUACCAAGUGGUAAUUCCUAUUGGAAGAUGAUGCUAUUAAAUGAAA